AUUUUAAAUAUUGUUCGUUAUCUGCGUUUUUCUUAUAAUAAUCAAUGAAGCUAUGGGUCACAUAACAAUUCGAAACGAGAAAUCCAUUUAGUCCUAUUGUUUUUGAGCGUCGUGUUUAACUUUCAUUAUGGUGGAUGCAAUUUUAAAGGGUUGGUUUAGUGAAUUACAAAAUGACUUGUGGCCAGGCCAAGCGUUUUCUCUAAAAGUAAAUAAAAUUCUUCACGAAGAGAAAUCAAGAUUUCAGGAGAUUAAAGUAAUAGAAACGUCGACGUAUGGAACUUGCCUUGUUUUAGAUGGAAUCCUUCAAUGUUCAACGCGAGAUGAGUUUUCAUAUCAAGAAAUGAUAUCAUUUCUUCCAUUGAACAGUCACAAAAGUCCUAAAAAUGUGCUUAUCGUUGGAGGCGGCGAUGGAGGAGUUGCACGAGAGGUAGCAAAACAUCCGUUGGUAGAGGAAGUCCAUCAAGUGGAAAUUGAUGAGAGGGUAAUAGAGCUUUCAAAAAAAUACUUUCCAAGCAUGGCAUGUGGGUUCCAGAGUCCUAAACUUAAACUUACCAUUGGAGAUGGUUUCGCUUACAUGAAAGAGCACGAGAAUGAAUUUGAUGUUAUUAUAACGGAUAGUUCUGAUCCAGUUGGUCCUGCACAGUCUCUGUUUCAGGAGAGUUAUUAUAAACUUUUGAAAAAUGCUUUGCGACCAGAUGGUAUUGUGUGCUCCCAAGGCGGAAGUUAUUGGCUGAACUGUAAACAUGUGAAAAAUACCUUGCAGAGUUGCAAAAAGCAUUUCUCAACUGUAGCAUAUGCCCAUACGAAUGUCCCGAGUUAUCCAUGUGGGCACAUUGGCUUCGUAAUUGGAUGCCUCGAGCCCCACAGAGAUUUAAAAUCGCCGAUAAAGGAAUUUAGUUCAACAGAAUUAGAAAAUAUGAAGUUGAAAUAUUAUACCAGUAAUGUACAUUCCGCAGCAUUUGCAUUGCCUCGAUGGGUGGAAGCAUCCUUUUAUUAAUCCUUUAAUUAAUUAACUGUAAAUCUGAUAAUGUUUUCUUUAUUUUUAGGAUAAAUAAAUAUUUCGUAGAGAGCUUGAAA